ACUGAGCUGGAGAGACCUGGAAAUGAAAGUAAAAAAGACCAAGAGGCACAUGGAGGGAGCUGUUUCGGCAGCAGCUCUAGGAACAGAAUGUUGCCUUCUGUAAUUAAAUAGCAAUUACUAGUAUUAUUACUAACCGUAAUAAUGCUCUAAUAAUAUCUCUAGUAAUAUCAUAGCAUUUAUCAAGGCGGGGUGUAGGGGGAAUCCCCAAGCAGAGGAGUGACUGUAAUGGAGAGACAAAAACGUAAAGAAGAGAUAGAGAAGGGACUACAGUUCAUCCAGUCCACGUUACCCCUAAGCCAAGAAGAUUAUGAGGCUUUUUUGCAAAAGCUGGUGAGAAACUUAUUUGCAGAGGGCAAUGAUUUGUUCAGAGAGAAGGAUUUCAAGCUAGCGCUGGUUCAGUAUGUUGAAGGGCUGAAUGUGGCCGAAUAUGCAGCUUCAGAUGAGGUGGCCAUUCCGGUGGAUCUCUUAUGCAAGCUGCAUGUCAAUCGGGCUGCCUGCUACUUUGCCAUGGGCCUGCAUGAGAAAGCUCUGGAAGACAGUGAGAAGGCUCUGGGAUGCAACAAGGAGAACAUCCGUGCGCUAUUUCGGAAAGCCCGCUGCUUGAAUGAGCUAGGGAGGCACAAGGAAGCAUAUGAAUGUAACAGCCGCUGCUUGCUCUCCCUCCCGCAUGAUGAAAGUGUGGCACAACUCGGCCAGGAGCUUGCACAGAAACUGGGAUUAAGGGUCCGGAAAGCCUAUAAGAGGCCUCAGCAGGAAUUGGAAACGUUUUCUCUACUUUGUAAUGGCCUGUCUUCUGCCUUACCAAAUCAGACUGUUUCUAAUGGAUUGGGCUCUGUAGAUGACAUUGAAACAGACAGCUCUCUCGGUCUCCAGUGCGUCACCCCUCCCAAUGUCUCUGUGAGUGAGGAUUCUUCCUUUCCAUCAACUGACUUGGAUACGAAAGGCACACCAACUUCACUGCCUGCCGCCACCCUGCUCCCUUCUACUGAUGCUGCAUCCAUGCCAGGGUCUGAGGGUGCUGAUGACUUCACUGAAGGAGGAGUUCUUGGGCAUGAACUGGACUCCAUUCUGGAUUCUAUUGCAGAUGGGUCACAAUACCCUCUGUCCCUGGUCCAAGGUGCCAUCCCUGCCAACCUGUCUAGUGAGAUGCCCCAGCUGAUCCCCGUGUUUCCAGGUGGCACUCCUCUGCUCCCUCCCGUGGUGACUGCCAGCAUUCCAGUCUCCACACCGCUCCCUCCUGCUUCCUUUGGCCUUGUGAUGGAUGCCACUAAGCAGCUCUCCUCCUCAUCUGUCCUGGACGCCUUUGAAUCGCCUGUGGGUGGCAGUGGCAGCUCCCCUUUGGACUCACUGGAUUCGCUGGACUUGCUCCCAUACACAGAGUCCCGCCUCGAUGUGUUGGAUGCUUUUGGAACCAAUAGGGGAUCACUAGAUGCGCUGGAUUCCUUUACUGUUGAGGAAACCAGCACACAAGAACCACGGCAGCCUGCUGGUAUCCAGAAACCACCGCCCUUGACAAACCACAGUGGACCAAGUCACCCAACGGUACCCAAAGUGGUAGAGUUGCUGAUGUGUCAGCCAGAGUCAAUGAUGCCCAACACAGCUCUGCUUGUGAAGAAUCCGCUGGCAUCCACUCACAUCUUCAAACAAGCCUGUCGCAUCUGCUAUCCCAAAACAGGACCCAAGGCUGGUGAUUAUACCUACCGAGAAGGUCUGGAACACAAGUGCAAGCGGGAUAUACUGCUAGGCAGGCGCUGCAACUCGGAAGAUAAAACCUGGAAGAGAAUCCGACCACGGCCAACCAAGACAAACUUUGUGGGAUCUUAUUAUCUGUGCAAAGAUAUGCUUAACAAGCAGGACUGUAAGUACGGGGAUAACUGCACCUUCGCGUACCACCAGGAGGAGAUCGACGUGUGGACAGAGGAGCGGAAGGGGACUCUCAAUCGUGACCUCCUCUUUGACCCGCUGGGCGGAGUCAAGCGGGGCAGCCUGACCAUUGCCAGGAUCUUGAAGGAACACCAGGGCAUAUUCACCUUUCUCUGUGAGAUCUGCUUUGAUAGCAAACCCCGGAUAAUCAGCAAAGGGACCAAGGACUCGCCAGCAGUGUGCUCCAACCUAGCUGCGAAACAUAGCUUUUAUGAUAACAAGUGUCUAGUUCACAUUGUUCGUUCCACCUCACUAAAAUACUCCAAGAUCCGCCAGUUCCAGGAGCACUUUCAGUUUGAUGUGUGCCGGCAUGAGGUGCGUUACGGCUGCCUGCGUGAAGACAGCUGCCAUUUUGCUCACAGCUUCAUAGAGCUCAAAGUUUGGCUGCUACAGCAGUACUCCGGGAUGACCCAUGAAGAUAUUGUACAGGAAUCCAAGAAGUACUGGCAACAGAUGGAGGCACAUGCCAGCAAGACUAACAGCAAUAUGGCUUCUGCGAGGACUCCCACGUCAAGCACUUUCGACCUCCAAAUGAAAUUUGUUUGUGGCCAGUGUUGGAGGAAUGGGCAGGUGGUGGAACCAGACAAGGACCUCAAGUACUGUAGUGCCAAAGCUCGCCACUGUUGGACCAAGGAGCGCCGUGUCCUGCUUGUGAUGUCCAAAGCAAAGAAGAAGUGGGUGUCUGUCCGACCAUUGCCUUCCAUCCGCAACUUCCCUCAGCAAUACGAUCUAUGCAUUCAUGCCCAAAAUGGCAGGAAGUGUCAGUAUGUUGGAAACUGCUCUUUUGCCCACAGCCCUGAAGAGAGAGAGAUGUGGACUUUCAUGAAAGAAAAUAAGAUUUUGGAUAUGCAGCAGACCUACGACAUGUGGCUGAAAAAACACAAUCCUGGGAAGCCGGGUGAGGGGACCCCUCUGACAUCACGGGAAGGGGAGAAGCAGAUCCAGAUGCCCACUGAUUAUGCUGACAUGAUGGGCUACCAUUGCUGGCUUUGUGGGAAGAACAGCAACAGCAAGAAGCAGUGGCAGCAACACAUUCAGUCAGAGAAGCAUAAAGAAAAAGUCUUCACAUCGGAGAAUGACUCCAGCUGCUGGAACUACCGUUUCCCAAUGGGGGACUUCCGGCUGUGUGAAAGAUUCCAGAAGACAAAAUCCUGCCCUGAGGGGGAGAAAUGUCGCUCUGCUCAUGGCCAGGAUGAACUGACAGAGUGGCUGGAUCGGAGGGAAGUCAUGAAGCAGAAGCUGGCCAAAGCCCGCAAGGAUAUGCUGCUCUGCCCCAGAGAUGACGACUUUGGCAAAUACAGCUUCCUAUUACGGGAUAGCAUAUAAUUUACUGAGGGUGGUGAGAAAACAGGCAGAUUUUCAGAACCAGAGAUGUGGGAAGGGAAGGAGCAGGGCAGUGACAAAGAGACUGGUAGUUGUUCCACAAACCUUUCUUUGAUUGUAAGAUAAUCAAGAUGAUUUACUGAUGUUGAAUGGGAUUUUGAAUUGAUUCAUCUAUAGCCAGGGAACAUGAUGCUCCUAGACUUUUGUUCUAUCUCCCCUGCUCCCUUUUUAAACAUAAUUUUUCAAUCUACCACUUUUCAACUUAAAAAAGAUACUGUUUUGCGGUGUUUAGUAAAUAAGAGGGAGGGGGCUUCUCACUUUGGUUCCCAAGCCCCUGGAUCCUUUAUUUGGGGUGCCUGAUUGCUGGAAUAUUGCAGCAUCGUGGACAUGAGCAUAGAGAGAUAGUGGAGAAAUGAUGAGCAAGUGGGGUUUUGUUCAGUGUUGGUGACUGUGCAGUGCUGUGUGCUUCUUCUCCACAGACACCCAAACCAUUGUGUAGAAGAAUAAGGUAGUAACUUAAAACAAGCCCAGUUCAAGCUAUCUUUAAAGUUUUGAGGUGACUCCGGUGGUUGCUGUAGGCAAUAGUAAAAAAUAAGAUCAUAUUUUUCUCUGCGUAUUCUAAGAUUACCUCCUCCUUUCUGCCCAUUCCAAUCCCUCUCAGGUGAGGGAGGACAAUGAAUUUCUAGUUCAGCUAGAAAGAUUAUCACUACAUUGCCUUUGGAAAUGGAGGCAACAGUAUAUUCCCUGCCUUCCCAUAUAGCUUAUCCUGUUACCCAAAAAGCAAAUUGAUAACAGA